CGCCUACUUAUAUAGUUCCCCUCCCGCCGUUUUUCACAUUUUCCCGCCAUUAAUAACCCUAGGCCUAAAUAAAAUUCGUCUUCAAUAUUCAAACCCCCCAAAAGAUAACUCCAAUGGCGAAUCAAUCUGAUAAUUCUAUCGCAUUUUCAGCAGAGGAGUUGGAGUUUUUAGCGGAAGAUGAAAUAGUUGAAAUUGUGCCAAACAUGAGAAUGGAACCGCUAAAUCUUAUAUCUGGAGAUUUUGGACCUUUCCGUCCACAAAUAGCUGCUCAGGUGCCUCUCUGGUUAGCUGUGGCUUUGAAGAAAAGAGGGAAAUGCACUAUCAGACCGCCUGAAUGGAUGUCCGUUGAAAAGUUAACCCAAGUUCUGGAGGCUGAAAGAGAUUCCGAGAAGUUCCAAUUGUUACCAUUUCAUUAUGUUGAAAUCUCAAGGCUUCUUUUUGAUCAUGCCCGUGAGGAUAUUCCUGACAUCUAUAUGGUGAGAUCUCUUAUUGAAGAUAUUAAGGAUGUGCGAUUUCACAAAAUUGGAACUGGCUUGGAGAUAAUUUCAAAGGAGGUCACAUAUGCGUUGAGGCUUAAAAAUCUGUCAGCAAUGGAGGCAAAUAUAGUACGUCCAUUCGUUACCAAAGCUUUGCAGACAUUUCAUAAGCUAAAUACUUCAGAAGCAAUACCUGAAUCAGGCAGCGUACCUAACAGACAGCAUCAGGCAAUGAAUCCAAGAGAUAAACGUGUGCUGAAAGGUCGAUGAAGAUGUUAUCUCUCCUCAUUGCCUCGUCCUGACCCCUCAAAGAGACAUGAAUCGAGCGUCCUGGUCCAUUGUGUAUUCGUAUCAUACUUGUUACCAGUUUAUUUGUCAGCGACGAGUGACUUAAAAAUCUCCUUCUGUCAAAUUUCAUGCUGAUUCUGUUUCUUGAUAUUCAGUUAUCAAAAGGUGCCAGGAUCUGUGAUGCAUAAUUUCUAACUUUUGACUGGUUUCUUAGCACAAUUAAGUGGCUGUAUUGUUGCCUUCUAUGAAGGUGAGCCUUGGAGUAA